CAUAUAUUUUGACAAUUGCUUUUGACAAUUAAAAUCUGCUCGUCAUUCGUGAGAACUUGGAAAACUUACAAAUUUACUUUGCCUAUAUAUUUUUUUCAUUUUAAAGUUCAAAAUAAAGAAAAAUGUUUGGCCGUCAAAGUGGUAUUGGUGGAGGUAAUACAAGCAACAGUUCCAAUUUGGUAGAAUUUCGAGCUGGGCGUAUGAACAUGAUAGGUAAGAUGGUACAUCCAGAUGCUCGAAAAGGCUUGGUAUAUCUUACGCAGAGCGAAGAUGGAUUAAUGCAUUUCUGCUGGAAAGAUCGUACCACAGGAAAGGUUGAGGAUGAUUUGAUAGUUUUCCCUGACGACUUUGAAUUUAAACGAGUUGAUCAAUGCAAGACGGGACGUGUAUAUGUGUUAAAAUUUAAGUCAUCGUCACGUCGUAUGUUUUUUUGGAUGCAAGAACCCAAAAUUGAAAAAGACGAAGAACUAUGCCGUCGCGUAAACGAACUAAUGAAUAAUCCCCCUUCGCAACAACGUAAUAAUAGUGACAAUGGUGAUUUACAGUACAUGUUGAACAACAUGUCACAACAGCAACUAAUGCAAUUGUUCGGAGGUGUUGGGCAAAUGGGAGGAUUAACAUCUCUAUUGGGUUCAAUGAAUCGUACGGAAAGCAGUUCGCGCGGUACGGCACGCAACGCCAGUAAUACUACGGCAAGCAAUUUACUCACACCAGAAUCUAAUACGGCACCUAAGACUCCUUCUGCACCCAAAGUGAAGGGCAACAAUAGAAGUUCUGCUGGAGCUACAGCUUCCAAUGUAAAUACGUUACCUGCAUCAUCUGCAAGCCGUUCACUGAAUGUUGAUUUAUCGACUGCCAUAACUGGUUCGGAGGCUAUUAAUCAAUUAAUUUCAGAUCCAGAUCGCGCAAAAUUGCUAUCGGUUCACCUACCUGAAAGUGAAGAUGCCGAUGAAAAUAGAAAACAGCAGAUCAAAGAUACAAUCGCAUCGCCACAGUUUCAGCAAGCACUUUCGUUGUUUUCGAAUGCACUUCAAUCGGCACAACUAGGGCCCGUGGUCUCACAGUUUGAAUUAACAUCAGAUGCCGUUGCUGCUGCAUAUGCAGGAAAUUUAAAGGAGUUCGUUAAGGCAUUGGAGAAAGAAUUGCCGGCUGGCACAACUAUGGAAACUGCUAAAGCUAAAGAACCGGAGAAAAAUAAAGAACAAUUAAAAACAAAUGAAGAUGAAGAAAACUCGCCUGAUAAAAAAUAGUAGUUGUUAACAAAACACGCGUCCAUUAUUUAUACGAGACAGCAAUAAAAAUAAACUAUUUUCCUUUAA